GAGUCGUUGAAGUAAAGCACAUUUAAAUGCCUUUUUUAAAAAUGUGUAAAUCCUCUCCAUGGUGCUCCACAUUUUUGUCCUUGUGUGAUUUUUUUGGAUCCAUGUCUCCACGAAUAUUUCCAAGAGUUUCAAAAAUGUGUUCUUGCAGCCUAAAUGACUACAUUAUCAGCCGAGCGUCUAAAGAAAAUAAAUGUUCUUAUUCGGAGUAUUUUCCCCUGCAACCAAAUCUCAUUAGUCACGCAUUGAUUGCUGUCUUUGUCCAAGCUCAGCAGCUCUCCUGUGCGCAGCUGCAGCCGUGUCAGCCAGUGACAGGGCUUCUCUCUCUGCUGCUGCUGCUGCUGCUGCUGCUGCGGGCUGAUGUUGCGCGCACAGCGGCCAAGCCCGACCACCAGCCUUGUCCCCAGCCUCCAGGAGCAACAUGGCACACGCCGUGCGUUGGUCUGCGGCGCUCCUCGUCCUGCUCUGCCUCACAGGAGCAGCUGAACCCAAACGGAACGUGAAGUGUCCUUCGGGAUGCACCUGCGCCAAGGAGACUCUCAUCUGCGUCGGGGCGUCCCAGAUCCCCCGGACCAUACCGGCCGAGAUCAACACUCUGAGCGUCGUUAACGGAUCGGUUGCGGAAAUCACAGACGGGAUGUUUUCUCUCAUGCCCUCGCUCCAGCUGCUGCUUCUCAAUGCCAAUUCUUUGACCGCCAUCAAAGAUGACGCCUUCUCUGGCCUUUCUCACCUUGAGUAUUUAUUCAUCGAAAGGAACAAGAUUGAAACAAUCUCCAAAAACGCCUUCAGAGGUCUACGAACCCUCACCCAUCUCUCCCUGGCAAACAACAAGAUACGAUUUCUGCCAAGAGAUCUCUUCUUCGACUUGGAUUCGUUGCUGGAGCUAGAUCUGCGAGGCAACUCCUUCCAGUGCACCUGUGAGAACAAAUGGCUGAUGACGUGGCUGAAAAACACCAACGCCACCGUAUCGGAUGUCUUCUGCGCAGGCCCCAGUGACAUGAAGGGCAAGCGGCUCAGAGACCUCCCUAUUCCGCCGGGCGAAUGCAUCUCUACGGACUUUGUGCGACAUCAGUCUAUUCCUAUUCAGUCCAUGUCCGCGGACAUUUUUUCCUUUAAAGAGGACAUCUUUGUGGCCUUGGCCGCCCCGAACUCCAACAGCUGUGUGAUCAUGGAGUGGGAUCACAUCGAAAUGAACUUCAGAAAAUUUGACAACAUUUCAGGAAAGUCUGUCGUUGGAUGUAAGUCCUUCCUGAUUGAAAACCACGUCCUAAUUAUUGUCACCCAGCUCUUCGGAGGCUCCCACAUUUACAAGUUCGACGAGCAGCAAAACAAGUUCGCCAAGUUCCAAACCAUCGAGGUCCUCAACGUCUCAAAGCCGAACGACAUGGAGGUCUUUCAGAUGGACGGGGACUGGUAUUUUCUCAUCGUGGACAGUUCCAAGGCAGGCGUGUCCACGCUCUACAAGUGGACUGACCAACCAGACCGCAACGAGACCGGCUUCUACUCCUACCAGUUCCUUCACGAAUGGUUUCGCGAUACCGACGCUGAGAUCGUCCAGGUGGACGGGAAGUUCUACCUGGUUUUGGCAAGCCGCUCCCAGUCCCCUGUCAUCUACCUGUGGAACAAAAGCACCCUUAAGUUCAUCCAUCACAGCGACGUCUCCAAUGUCGACGACGCAGUGGCGGUGAAAGCGUUUCGACUGGACGGGGAGCUCUACUUGGCCCUGGCUUGUUACAUCGGCGACUCCAAAGUGGUCAGGUGGGCCAAUAAGCAGUUUACUGAAGUGCAGGCACUUCCCUCUCGGGGAGCGAUGAUCCUCCAGCCUUUUACCUUCGCGGACAGACACUACUUAGCUCUCGGCAGCGAUUACUCUUUCACGCAGAUCUACCUGUGGGACGCGGAGGCCAAGACCUUUCACAAGUUCAAGGACAUUUACGUGCAGUCGCCCCGCUCGUUUACGGUGGUGACCACAGAACGCAGGAGUUUCAUCUUCUCCUCCAGCCUGAAGGGAAAAUCCAUGGUCUUUGAGCACGUGUUUGUAGAUCUGAGUUUGUAAAAGACCAGAGUGUUUUAAAUCGACGUUUGUGUGAAGACUUACAAAAGAAUCUUACGUGCUGUAUAACCUUACUUAUGCAAUCAGAUGUAUGCGUUUGUUUCGCCAUGAAGGCUGUCAGAAUGUUUCUGCAAAUCAGACGAACCGUAAGCCAACUUAGACUAAUGAACUACCGGAACCUUAAAAAAAAAAAGCAACAGCAAUCUUUGAAAUGAAGCUGCAUGAGGAUAGUGUAAUGGCAAAAAACUGAUCCUUAUUCUGUGUUGGCUUUUUACAAAAUAAUCUUUGCAAGCAGACAAAACCUGAAACAGAGAGUGUCCAUUCUGUCAACAGAGUAGUGAGAAAACUAUGCAUUCUGAAUUUUAUCGAUAGAAAGCCCGUUCCAUGUAUCGCCUCUUUGUGGGACAUCUGUAAUCUUGAUACAGAAUCUAUAGUUUCAAACAGUGAAUUAAAGACAACAACAACAAAAAAUUAGUAUGAGUUUAGGGUACUUUUAAAAAAAAAAAAAACUUUCAAAUACGUAGGCUCACUCCUAGGUAAUUUGAAACAGAUGGUUACGUUUUGAUUUCUAAAGAUGUAUUUCAACAUAUUUUUUUUUUCUAAAGCGGAAUGAUUAUACAACAAACAACUUCAAGGAUUAAAAAAAAAAAGGUAUCAGUGGUGGUAACUGGAAGCCCGAGUCCAAACUUAGAUCUGAUAGAGAAGCUGUUGAGCCGGCUGAAGGUUAGGGCGAUGGGAAGGACACUUUUCAACCUCAAAGACUUUGAGCUCAUCACCAAAUAUAAAUCAUCAAAAUACCAGUGGAAACAUGCAGACCGACACAACAAUUAAAAGAAGGACUUUUCCAAUGAUUAUUGAGAAAGGAACAAAUAAUUUUUUAGAAAGUACAUGUAUAUGUUAUUUGAUACAGCUUUAACAAGUUUUUAUUGUCUCUCAACCAAAGCCAGCCUCACUUUCUAUCAGAAACAAGGUUAUUUGUUGAAUGAAAAAUAAUUUCAAAUCUAAAUCUACGGGGGUAUUAAAAGUUAAGAGCUUAACUGCAUAACCAUACCUAAACUAAUAGUUUUAAGUGUAACUUUGUCUAAAGAAGCCUUAUUGCCUUAGAGAACUGUGGAGAAACCACACAAUUUUUACUCCCACCAGUAAGCUUAUGAUACAAUUCUCACUGGAUAUUAUCAGAUUGAUUGGUUUUCUGCCAUGCGACUCUUAUGUGUAAUUCAUAAAGGGUUGAGAAUUGUGAUAGUAGCCUGCUCGAUCCAUUCCAAAACCAGUUUUCUCAUGUGUUUGGGAUCAGUAUCUUAUUAGAACGCUCACUUGUGUCCAAGUUUCAAAAAUCUGCAUUUUGAUUUAUGGGGGAGCUAAAGACAUUUUUUUGUUAUUGUUUUAUUGUGUCAUGUUCAAAGCUAAUAGUUUUCUUUCUGGGACAUUACCCCCUCAGUCCACAUUGACGUAAAAUUCAAUUCACUGUCGACAUUGAGCCAACAUAUUCCAUUUUAUGACAUUUUUAAGGCUCAGUGGCUCCUCUCUUUUCCAAACAUAAUAGCCAGUUCAUUUUCAUUCAACUCAGUUUGGCUCAGAUGGUUGAAACUUGGACACAACUUGGCAUUACCAACUUAUGACAGCAUUGCCAAUUCUGUGAAGAAAUAUCCAGCCAGAAUGACUCUAGGACCUCCCUCAUGGUUUUAAAACUGUUUUAUCUGAAACUUAUUAUGGGACAUUUGUCCAAACAUUUGGGGGUGUACGUAUUUAUAUUGUGAAUAUAAUGUGUGUAAUUUUCAACGUAACCCAUAAUGAAAAGCAAUAUUUGUGUUUAGAAAUCAUUCAAGUAGCUUAUUGUAUAAACAAUUUGACCAAAUGCGACAAAGCCCACAAAUAUCGGGACAUCUGUGCUGAUUAGAGGUAAUAAUUCAUCCGGUAAUAGGUCAGAAGCUAUGUAAGUUCAGGCAGCAGCAUCAGCAUCACUUCAGUGUUUCUACCAGCUGCAUUGAUAUGACUGAAUAUGAGUUUGUUUCAUCAUUAAUAAUAAACUGUAUGCAGUACAUGACUGGAAUGAGCUUAAGUGUAUAGUAACCAUAACAAGCUUUUGCAACUCAGUGCGUGAUCAACUGCAAGAAAUAUAGACCAUUUAUUGUUAUCUAUGCAAAGUAUAUAAAUAAUGAGAAGUUGUGUGCUGAGGAACUUUUCAUUAUGCCUCUAUCGUGUGACCAAUUUCUUUGCUGAAUGCAGAUUUUCUUGUCUAUACUUUUCACCUGUUUCACAGAUAUGACUCAUGUGAUGACUCAAAACUGACAGACAGGUGAAAGCUAGAAAAUGUUAACCCUUAUAAGCAAUACAUUUUUGUAUUAUUCUCAAGACUCUUUGUCUUGAUAACAACAAAAAAACUAUAUGAUCCUUCCCACAGCUCUCUGUGGUUAUGUUUAUAUAUGUUUUCCUUUCUACUAACCGUGUAGCAGACAUUAGGAACUGCACUUUAACACUCCUACUGCGUUAAUGUAGAAAUGAAUUUUGAAAAUGCAUUAAAGACUGUUUGACCAAGUUGGAA